AUGGGAGGAAUGAUCACAGGGAAUCACACACCGUGGACCCAUUUCAUCCUUGUGGGGUUUGCCGACCACCCUGAGCUACGCCGGGUGCUCUUUGUGGUGUUUCUCUUUUGCUAUCUCUUCACUCUGACUGGGAACUUCCUCCUCAUUCUCCUCACCGUGGCUGACGCAGCCCUCCACACCCCCAUGUAUUUCUUCCUCAGGAACUUGUCCUUUCUGGAGAUCUCCUACACCUCGGUCACCCUGCCCAAAAUACUGGCCACCCUCCUCUCAGAGAAGGAAGACAUCUCCUUCCUCGGCUGCGCCACGCAGAUGUAUUUCCUCCUCUUCCUCGGCGGGACGGAGUGUUACCUCCUUGCCGCGAUGGCCUACGACCGAUACGUCGCUAUCUGCCACCCGCUCCGUUACCCGCUCCUUAUGAACAGGAGGGUCUACACCGGUCUGGCGGCUGCUUCCUGGCUCACCAACCUGCUGGUGUUAAUGGGCCAUGUUGCGGCCAUAUUCACCCUACCCUUCUGUGGCUCAAAGGAAAUCAACCAUUUCUUCUGUGAUCUCCCCCCGGUGGUGAAGCUGGCCUGCGGGGACACCCACGGAACCGAAAUCGCCAUUCUCCUGGUUGCCCUCUUCUUCGUCCUGCUGCCGUUCGCGCUCAUCCUCGCGUCCUACAUGCGCAUCAUCACCACCAUCCUGGGGAUGCCGUCGGCAGAGGGCCGGCAGAAAACCUUCUCCACCUGCUCCGCACACCUCUUGGGGGUGACGCUGUUCUACGGGGCGGCCUGCGCCAUGUACCUGAAACCCAAAGCCAGCCACCUGCCGCACGGCGACAAAGUCUUUGCUCUGCUGUACUCCGUCGUGACGCCCAUGCUCAACCCCCUCAUCUACAGCCUGCGGAACAAGGAGGUGAAAGAGGCGCUCCGGAGGUUAACUCAGAAAGUGUGCUCGGGCACCCAGGGUUUCUAA